AAGGGAAUUUCUCAACGGCUGCGAUGGCUUCUAAGGUUUCAAGUGGUGUGCGCCUCCGCGAAAAACAUUCACCGUGGAAGGAGGAAGAGUCCCCGACGACUGCAGAUCAAAACCCAGCACGACACUGCUGCGAUCCCUAGGGUUUUACCCCAUGUUGGUCCCAUUGGAUCGAGCGCUCAUCCUCUUCAUCAUUUCCGUCUUACUCGUCGUUGGUUCCUUCUGCCUUGUAGCCGGAGAAACUAACACAUUGGAGUCAGUACCUGACCUCGAGAAGGCAAUGUACAUUAAUGUAGAAGGAUAUCCUUGCGUUCGACUUUUGAAUCUUUCUGGCGAAAUUGGUUGUUCAAAUCCAGGCCAGAAAAAGAUUGUUGCACCAGUUUUCAGAUUGGGGAAGAUUGACAAACUGUUGUUUCAUUCGUUUGCAGUUCUAGUCCCUUUGGAAGAGUUGGAAAGUUUUCUUUUGAGAGUUUCAAGUGAUCCAAAAUUUGCACAAAGGAUUGCUGGUGUCUUGGUAGAGGCAACUGGGUUCAAAAAUAGGUCAUUAGGGUUUUCCCCAGAUGAAAAGUUCCCACAAGCUGACUUUGCUCCAUAUCCGAAUGUCAGUUUUCAAUGGAACCCUCGUGGUUCUGGUAUAAUGUGGAAUCACUAUGAUUUUCCAGUAUUUUUACUUUCUGAUGAGAGCGCUAAACUGCUGCAAGAGAUGGCUACAAAGAACGAGAAUAAUUUCAAAGCAUAUCCUUCAACCGUUGCAGAAUUUGAUCUAGUCAUGCAGACAACAAAAGCUGAAACUCGUGACUCAGCUUCCUGUCUCAAAAAACAGUCUUGUCUACCAUUAGGUGGAUACAGCUUGUUUUUGCGGUCUUUACUGGCGAAGCAUGGGGUUAUCUUGGCAGUAGAAGAUUUUUGCUUGAACUAGAAUUGGGUGCAGAUUCCUUAAAGGGACUCAACGGAUCAAUGAUUGAACAGGUCUUGGAAAUUGGAUCUGUUGGCAAAGGGUUAAGUGAAGGCAAAACAACUUUUUUUGCGCACUCAGGUCAUGAUACAUCGUCAACAAAUGAAAUGCUAGAUGCCUUAAAGAAGGCAAGUUUAUCACUCGGUUCAGAUAAUGUCAAUAUCAAAAAGGCUGAUGUAUCAAAUCCUGGUGUACCACCUUCUUCGCUGAUGUCAUUCCUUAGAAAGAAUUCUUCAGUCUCUGGGGUUGUUUUGGAGGACUUCGACACAUUUUUCAUUAAUAAGUUUUACCAUAGUCAUUUGGAUGAUCCUUCAAAUAUCAACUCUUCGUCCAUAGCUGCUGCUGCUAUUAUGGUUGCACGUGCUCUAUAUAUUCUUGCAAGUGACAGUCCACAUUUGAAUCUCAUAACACUGAACUCCAUUAAAGUCAAUGUUUCUUUGGUAGAAGAACUCGUGGAAUGCUUAUUGACUUGUGAACCCGGUUUUUCUUGUGACAUUGUCAAGCAAUUUAUUUCGCCAAGCAAUGUAUGCCCCAGUCAUUACGUAGGCGUUUUUGUUGAUUUGCCUUCAGAAACACAACAUCCUCAAUAUGCAGAUGAUACUUCUCGGUUUGUCUGGAAUUUCCUAGCAGAUAGGUCUUCUGGUUCACAGAAAACUGCUAUUCCUUGCAAGGUGGACUGCCAUAACCCUGCUGACGUCUGUGUAGCUGCAGAAACUGAGAGUAGCAGAUGUGUUACAUCCACAACCAGAUAUGUCCCAUCUUAUUCCACCCGUCUGAAAUUUGAAGGCAACUCAUGGCAUAUCUUGCCUCCUAAUACCUCAGACCCUUUAGGGCUAGUGGACCCAGUAUGGACUGAAAGCUACUGGAACACCAUUGGAUUGAGAGUUUACACAGUUCAGAGUUCAGCUUAUGAUAACUUGAUUCUUCUGAUUGGAAUCGUGAUUACUGUUGCCACUUACAUUACAACUUUAGUGGCUAGAACGUUCCUAUUAAAAGCUCUGAAGCAUGAUUGAAGCAUUAUGAAGAUGAUUUAUAUUGACUUGGAGACUGACAUAUUUUGGGUUCUUAUCAGUUCAGAUUCACCACUUGUGUUUUACAGAGAUCAAUAAUUUGAAAAAUUUGCUGCUGCGUUAACCAACAGGAAUCUAUGAAAGGUUGGUCUUAUUCAUUUAUCUUUUGGCAGCAGAUGAACGCACUCUUUUGAUUUUUAGUCUCUUGUUUUACUAUGGUGAAAAUUAUUGCACUCCCUACAACUCUACUGUUCAUAUAAACACUAUCGACUUGUGAUAUUCAAAUUCUCACAUUUUUUAGGCUGCAUAUUGAAGUCAGAGAAUUUGAGUGAGGCUUCAUUUAAGACAGCUUCUUUACUGCUUCUUAAAGUUAAAUUUUUGUACUAAAAAGCUGCUUUAAGAAGCAGUAAGUAAGCCGUCCCAAAACGAAGCCUCAAUCUUUUUAUAUUUGGUUGCUUGCUUGUGCUCAUAGCUUGUCAUAUCAAAGCAUGCUAAAUUCAGUUUCUAUUAACGAAAAUAGUAUUGAAUACAAACCAGUUUAUGUAAUAUACAUGAAUUGUGAAUGUCUGACAUAAUUAGUUUAUUUCAGUAUAUUGGUGCCCUACCAUUUCUCUUU